GCGCUCUCACCCGUACUCUUACACCCUCAUCCCCGCAUAGAUCAUAACUUUUUGCUUUCUUAAAGAUGGGUAUUAAAGGAGUCUAUUCAUACCUUUCAAGGAGAGACCUGCCACCAAAGGAGAUUGAUGUACAUGAGCUUGCUGCUGAACCCCAUUCAUCUUUUGAGCUGGAUCUGCUUGGCACUUUCCACAGCGAUAUACAUAAUAUCAUCCUAAGGAGAUUCAGCCGGCAGAGUUCUUUCACUGCCUGCGGCCAUGCUAUGGCUAGUAUCAUUCGAAAAAUCUUUGGUCCUCUUGCCACAGUGACGAUACACAUUGAUGGGCCUCGCUGCGAAGAAAAAACGCGCGCCUAUAGGGACCGAGAUGCUAAGCGUACAGCAGCGGAUGCAAAACUCGAUACGCUCAUAGCCAACAUGGAAACCAAGUCCAAUGAAGGCAAAUGGGAAUCUCGAAGCCAUAUGAUUGCUAUUAAAAAGAAUCUUCGACAGCUCUUCACAUUCAGUCAUAACGAGAAGAGGGAGCUCGCGGCGCCAUUCGGUCGAUACAAUAACUUUGUGAUUUGCCAUUGUAGAAAUGAGGCUGAUGUGUGUAUUGCCGCCAAAUGUACACCAACCAGUAUCGCUGUGUCUGGGGACUCUGACCUUCUCAUCUAUCCUUCUAUAAAAGGAGUUCUUCGUCCAAUCCCUCGUCGCCAUCACAUGUUUGCACUCUAUGAGAAACAAGAGGUCCUGCAAGCCCUUGGGUUUUCAAGGGACAGUCAACUCCUGGUCUAUGGCGUUAUAUCCGAUAACGAUUACACCCCAAAUAUCCCAACCUUUGGUCUUGCUACAAAUGCUGAGAUUAUCUCCGCGCUCACUGACACUGAUGCCGAAAAGUUGACGGUAUCAUAUGUUCGUGAGGUCCAUGCCCGUAGCCGUCGAACUCCUGCAGAAGGCCAGUUUGACCAUUCAAUUAAUGUUUUCUUUGGUGGGAUCCAAACCCAGGCCUCGCAGCAACCAACCGCUGAAAGAUUACUUCAUUACCAUGAUAGAAUGAGGACUGCGAUAGCUGCUAGGUACCAGAAUAAAAAUAAUCAACCUCAACCCAGAUUCUAUAUCCCUAAAUGCGCAAAGCCGAAUCGCACCCAGAAAAAGGAACUUUCCCCUAAGAAAAAUGACCUGACCAACUGCAAACAACACGACCGUCCCGUCAGCUCCAGCCGUCAAAGAAAGAAAGUGAAGGAGGCUACUGCCGAGGACCGACGGUUGAAGAGGGCCCACCCCACUGUUGCAUUAACUCUGGGCACGUUAAAGACAUGUGUAGUUGCCAAGCUGGACUCUACUUUCGAUCCCAAUCUCAAUCCCGAGCAACUUGCUGCAACAAUUCAAGGGCUCAUUCAAUCAUUUAUUAAAAUGUUGAAUGAGGCACGGAUUCGAGCUUUCUGGGCCUGCGCCUUGUGGAUCGAUAACCUGCUUACCACUGGGCCAUCCAAUCCAGCUGAUCUCCCACAACUCCUAGAUGAAGUUCUUGAUAGCAGGGACUUUAUUUACGGCCUUGCUGCGUUGUUGUAUCACGGAGUGAUGAGUCCAUUAUCUAGGUAUAGCAGGGAAGUGAAGAAAAAAGGCGAAGGGAACGUAGCCAAGCCGUCCCAGCUCAAAGCAUACGAAUACUUCUAUGCAAAGACAGGGCUUGAUAUUCCAGGCGAUGGAAGAAGCUCCAUCCAAUUCUUUUUUGAGCAAAAUGCAACUGCCAAAAAAUAUCUGGAUUUCCCUACGUCUGCUUUCUCACCUUGGUCUCUCUGCCUAACGGAAGCCUGCCUCCUGGAUAUAUUAUCGUCUAACCCAACAGUUCGAGAGGAAAUAGUCCAAUUGUUGGAACUAAACAUGAGUACCAAGGGGGCUGCUGAGGACAAGAUCCUUAACCACAAGGGGAUAUUGUUGCAGGAGCUGUUUUCCUUGAAAGGAUACAAGGACGUUGGACUGCAAUCUGAUGAUGGCCCUAGAAGGAAACUACGGACAUCGUUCUUUACAAACGGCCUUACCCUAACACUUCUUGCCUAUGACACAUCGAAGCAAAAAAGAGGUAGAGGUUCGCAAGCUGCCCAACCUUCGGAUACUCAAAGAUCUCAAGCAGUCCAGGCUUCUUCAAGUGCUCAGCAGGGGUCCUCGUUUUCAGGCCAUGGUGCAGGCGAUGGUGGUGAUGAUGGAGACGACGACGGAAAUGAAGAUGACGAUAUCUUGCUGGGUAUCAGCGAUAUUGACUUGCUGGAAGUCGAUGAACCAUUCUUAGAUGGCAACGAGGGAGAAGAAGCAGCUGAAGAAGAAGUUAAAUAUGACACUCAGGCAGCAUGCCCUCCCCCCGAAAGUAUUGGGAUCGAUCCAGGCGAGAGGUACUCGAUGACAAUUGCAAAGUUGGAUCCAAGGAAACCUAACGAACGUGAGAUCCUCCGGAUUUUUAGAGCGUACCUUUACAAACCAUCCAAGAAGUUUCAGGGCGAGCUAGAGAGGCGAAAGCUUAGAAGAGGAAUUACAGAGAUUGAAAGCAAUAUUCCGUCAUUCUCAAGGCCUACUUUAACACAGUAUUUCGCUUAUAUGAGCUUGCCGCCAAAUCAAGCUCCAUCAAGUACUGGAGGUAGUUUCUCUGGUAGUGGGGUUAGGGUCAGUAGUAGUAGUGGAGCAGAGAGAUCUGGGACCAGUGACGACAAUAGGGAGACUAUAUAUAGGACGCUUGUCGAUUUCUAUAAUGACGGGUGGUUUGUUCGGAAUAGCUGGGAUAUUAGAAAAGCACAGAACAGAUGCGUUGAUUAUGUGAUCAAGGCAAUUCUGAAGCUUGCGGGCGGAAGCAAUGGAAGAAGAAGAGAUGCCAAUACGAAUGCGGUGAUCUGUAUUGGGCUUGGAUCAUGGGAUAUUGAUGAAGAAGCUUGUUGUCAUGAAUACUACACAUCUGCCAAGUGUCCACGGCCUCACUGUGACAGUAUAUUGGAGAAUGUUCCUUUUCGAUCCAAGUACUGUCGAAAUUGUAAAGCAUACUUUGAUCGAGAUGCUGUUGGUGCUGAGAACAUCGCAAGGGUCUGUGAGUCGCAGAUAAGAGAGCAAAAACGACCUGCAAAAUAUAUGCCGCCGGACGGAGGAACUCAAGGCCAAGCUUCUAGCGGUAGUGGCGGCGGUGGAGGUAGUGGUGGCAGUGGUGGCAGUGGUGGCAGUGGUGGUGGUAGUAGCAGACCCACAAAAAGGAAAUUUUCAGAUGAAGGAGGAGGAGGAGUAGAGGGAUCAAGACCACCGAAAGGACCUUUGCUGGGUCCAGGAGGAGGGGGAAAGACAAGCCGGCAACAACAGUAGGACACAAUCUACUACAAACAUGACUAGGUCCAGAAAGGCCU